GCAGACAUGCGCAGAGCGCUUUAAGAAAUAAACAUCGCAUUCAAAACAUUAGCUUGAUUAGCAUGGAUGCGUGACUAGCAGUCGUCUCGUCCACUUCAUUUAAACGCGGUUACGCUCUGGGUGCUUGAGAGGCGAUUUGUUAACAAACUGUAAAAUGUCUAACUCUGCCUGGUCCCAAAAAAUACUGCAGCUCCUCCGCCGAAUGAAUAACUUUUAUUUACCAGGCUCCUGUCGUUCUGAGUGUCUGAGGUUUCAGGUAAAUGAGGCAGUGGUAGGCUGGAUUCCUCCUCAUGUGGCGCCACUGUUAGCUCGGUAUCCGGAGGUGUUCACUCCGCCGCACGGGGGCGCUGUGUCUCUGUGUCGGAGCCUGGACUCGUACGAGAAGAGGUCCGCGGCUGUGGACGCUGUCCUUCAAACCAUGAGACAGGAGGGCUCCCUGACCUGCCUCAAAGGAUGGAGGGACGAGAAGUACAGUGUGAUGUCAAAAUUCUCCGACCCUCCUGUGAUGUGGAUGGAAAGAGCAGCUACCAGUCUGUUUGGAGUGAAGCGGUACGGAGUCCACAUCAAUGGCUACACCGUCAGCGACAGUGGGGAAGUCAGCAUGUGGCUGGCCCGACGCUCCGUCACUAAGCAGACCUACCCCGGACUGCUGGACAACGUGGCAGCGGGUGGUCUGGCUGCUGGUGUUGGCAUCAAACACACCCUGGUCAAAGAGUGUGAGGAGGAAGCGUGUAUCCCAGCAGCCAUUGCAGAGAAGGCUCGCCCUGUAACCAAUGUAAGCUACACCUACGAGGAAGAGGACGGUGUGUUUGCAGAAAGUCAGUUCAUCUUUGAUUUGGAGCUUCCUCUGGAGUUCAAGCCCCGAGUGGGCGACGGAGAGGUCCAAGAGUUCUACCUGCUGCCCAUGGAUAAGGUGAAGGAACUGCUGGUCACUGAUGACUUCAAACCCAACUGUGCCAUGGUGGUCUUGGACUUCCUCAUCAGACACUCGUUUAUUGACCCAGACACAGAGCCAUGCUAUCAGGAAUUUUUGGCGGGACUCCAUCAGACCUUAUAGAGUGCAGCUGAGGUCAGAGGCCCGCUGUCAGAGGCGAGGACGCAUUCAAUCUGUUCUUCACAUUUAACCACAGCUAACAGGGCUCGAGCUUAGGGGGGCCAAAAAUCUGAUUGGUGAGGAUGAAAAUAAUUUAUGGGAUAAAUUUGGGACUUUACUUUAGAAGUAAAGUCACUCUUGCUGGAUAAUAAGGCUGCAAAGAGAUGUCCUCAUCGAUUUUGUCCUUUUUAAGCACUUUUUUUAAAUUUUUAUUUAAAUGGUAAAUGGACUGUACUUGUAUAGUGCUUUUCUAGUCUUCCGACCACUCAAAGCGCUUUAACACUACAUAUCAUUCACACCCAUUCAUACACUGAUGACAGGGGCUACCAUGCAAGGUGCCACCUGCCCAUCAGGACUCUAAGUCUAACUAACAUUCACACAACAUUCACACACCGAUGGCUCAGCCUUCGGGAGCAACUUGAAGUUAAGUGUCUUGCCCAAGGACACAUCGACAUGCACUGCCGGAGCCGGGGAUCGAACCGCCGAUCCUCUGAUUGGAGGACGACCCUGCUCUCCACUGAGGCACAGUCGCCUUUUUUUUUUUUUUUUUUUUAAACUCAAAAUCAAAACAUGAAAUUUGAUGAUGAUCAGUUUACUAAACCAAAACUGGACUGUCAGUGACAGUUUAACAGUCUCACAGUUUGGGCAGAGCUAAUGAAAACCUGGUGAAACAUUGAAAAUAUGAAUAUUCAAGCACUAAAAUAAAGCUUGUAAAAAAUAAAUAGUAGAAUUAUAAUUCUAUUAUGUUUGGUUUUGUAAUACAAUCUUCUGCUGCUGCUGCUGCUUCUUCUUCUUCUUCUAGAUAAUACACUUUUAACAGACUUUAAUUGAAUGGCGGCCUGUGUGUUGUUUAGUUGUGCGUCCUCAUGUGUGAAAGACUAAUCUGCCUUCAAAUAAGCCUUUGUGUGAUGUAGUACAAAGUGGCCUGAAUCUGAUUCAUGGUGAGCUUGGCACUAUUGUCUUUUUGUUGCUAGAUGUAUAUAUGUGAAACUAAAAUGUUUGCAAAAAUGUUUGCAAAGCUCACACUGCACUUUGGCCCAUAAAUAUAUUUUUCACAACAAAAUGUGCAGAUCAGCAUUUGAUGAAGUUCAUUGUACCCACAUGAUAGAACAACUCCCCUGAUUGUAAGUCCCUUUGGAUAAAAGCACUAGCUGAAAUAAAUCUACUGAGCCUAUCUAUGCCUUCCUCUCUAGCUUGUAUUUGGGUUUCAGCUGUACUCGUCCUCUCUUCAGCCUCCCCUCAUGUUUUUCUUUGUUGAUUUUAUUUUAUCUCAAAUCACCGUAAGCUGUUGUCAGCUAUCAUGAUGCUGCUAGAAAGAGGAUCCAGGUUAUCUCCGUGUCCUUCGAGGAGGUCGUACCCCACUCACUAAGUCAUAGUUUACUGUUGAGGAGGAGCAUCGUUCACCGCUGACCGUGUCCAACCACCUCUCGUCUCGAUCAUUUGCAAGAAAACUCCUCAAUAUCAUCAUAAUUAACAACAAACAGGGCUAUUGUUUGUAAUCGCAGGUGGACAUGUCCAUGCAGAUAGGUGGCAUUUCAUUUACUGAAUGCUGUUGGGAUGUAAAGACAAAUAUAUUCCAAACAAAACUUCUGAAUGAAAUUGCUUACCCUGGCUUUACCACAGGCCCUAUGUUGGUCAUUUUUUUAGAACUUAAUAAGUUCUAUAUAACAAUAGUUUAAUAAU